AUGCGCUGCGUGCUGUGCUCGUGUGAGGCGCCUCAGUGGGGUCGCAGAGCCAGGGGCCCAGGCAGGGUCAGCUGCAAGAACAUCAAACCCGAGUGCCCAACCCUGACCUGCGGGCAGCCACGCCAGCUGCCUGGACACUGCUGCCAGACCUGUCCCCAGGAGCGCAGCAAUUCAGAGAGGCCCCCGACAGGCCUGGCCUUCGAGUAUCCCAGGGACCCAGAGCACCGCAGCUACAGCGACCGUGGGGAGCCAGGAGCUGAGGAUCGUGUUCGUGGAGAGGGCCAUACUGACUUCGUGGCGCUGCUGACUGGGCCGAGGUCGCAGGCCGUGGCUCGGGCCAGAGUGUCCCUACUGCGCUCCAGCCUCCGUUUCUCCAUCUCCUACCGGCAGCUGGACCGUCCCACGCGGAUCCGCUUCUCAGACUCCAGUGGCAGCAUCCUGUUUGAACACCCUGCUGCCCCUACCCAAGAUGGCCUGGUGAGAUGAUGCCAUUUAUGAGUGCUUAUCCAGUCUGGGCACAGUGUGGACAGGGUGCUCUCUCUGCCUUGCCUCCAUGGGUCCUCACAAGUCCAGUGGGAGGAAGGCACUGACAUUAUGAUGGCCGUUUUACAGAUGAGGGGACUGAGGCUCAGUAGCAGCAUGUGAUUUGCUCAAGGUCACGCAGCUAGUAAGUGGUGGAGCCAGGAUUGGACCCAAGCAUCUGGCUCCAGGGCCCCUUCACCAGCUUCCUAGGAGGACAUGGGGCCUCUUCCCGUAUUCCUUCCUCGCUAGAGCGGGGCCUCUCAGGGCCAGUCCUGCUUACUGUCUGAGUAGGGCCUUCUUGUCUCUCUGCUCCAGGUCUGUGGG